AUUCGAUUUGUAAACCUACAUUCGAAAUGGUCCCGUUACCUCAAGAAUCUAUUCAGAAUGCAGCCGUGCCACCACAAGGCGAUAGAGUGGUUAUAUCGGGAAUAUCAGGUCUGUUCCCGCAAGCUGACAAUGUUAAAGACCUCUCUAAUAUAUUGUACAAUAAGGAGAAUCCAAUAUUAAAAGAAGAGAAUUGGAAGUUCCAGCAUCCAGAAUCAGCGAAAUAUUACGGAAAGAAUAAAAACUUAAACCAUUUCGAUGCUCAGUUUUUCAGGGUCCACUACCGACUCGGUCAAUCUAUGGACCCAAUGUCGCGGAAAAUUUUAGAACAAGCAUAUCAGGCUAUUUAUGACGCAGGAAUAAGUCCGGACCACUUAAGCGGCAAAAAAGUAUCCGUCUACAUCGGCUCUGAUUUCUCUGAAAAGGAAAGUGCCGGCUUUUACAAGAAAAUUCUGAAAUCGAGUUUUGAAGUUCUCGGAUCCAGCAAAACAAUGUUUGCGAACCGUAUAUCCUACUGGCUGAAUGCUAAAGGAGCUUCGGUGGCCGUCAACGCGUCAGGAAGCAGUGGAUUGUUGAGCUUGGAACAGGCUUACAUGGACCUCAUGUCUGGGAGGUGCGAUGCGGCCAUUGUCGGAGCAUCACACAUGACCUUCUAUGCUCAUUUCUCUAUACAUUAUGGGAGAGUUGUGCCGCUGUCACCCGACGGUAAAACAAGAGCGUUUGAUCAGAACGCGAAUGGGCUCGGAAUGUCUGAUGCGACUAUUGUGCUUUUCCUACAAAAGGCAAAGGACGCGUUGAGAGUUUACGGUGAAUUAGUCAAUGUGAACAAUCAAUUUAUCCAAACGGAAAGGGUUGGUGAAUCUGAUUUCGGAUUUUAUAGGAAUCCAGCUACAACUAUCAAGUUUCUGAAAAGUUUUUACGAUAAGACUGAGAUCUCUCCUGAUGAUGUUGAAUAUAUUGAAGCAUUCGGUACAGGUGUUCCUGAACUGGAUAAAGCAGAAUUGGAAUCAAUCGAUCAGUUCUUCUGUCAGAAGAGAACAAACCCGCUGUUAGUAGGUUCAGUGAUGUCUAAUUUGGGAUACACUGAAGCUUCAGCAGGACUAAUUGCUAUUACAAAAGUCCUCCUAGGUUUCGAGAACGGUAAGCUGGCUGGCAACUUGCACUGCACUAGCCCUCGUCAGGACGUGAGCGCCAUCCGCGACGGCCGCAUCUCCAUAGUCUCUGAACACACUGACUUCAACCGCUCCUACGCAGCCGUCAACGAUCACUCCUAUACUGGUAUUAGCAGUCAUGUUUUACUUCGAAGACACAAUAAACCCAAGAAAGAUGUUGAAUACCAUUGCACCAUACCGCAUCUAAUAACGAUAUCAAAUAGAACUGCAGUGGGGGUGCAGAAUAUUUUCGACGAAUUAAAAUCUCGUCCUAUAAACUACGAGGAACUUGCUUUGCUACGGAACAUACAUUCCAGGAAUAUAUCUGGACAUUUGGGAAGAGGUUACGCGAUACUUGAUACGAAAGACAACAAAACCGUGAGUUUGUACGAAAAGGCCGAGCGUGUUGAUACCUCCAAGCCUCCGCUGUGGUUUGUGUACAGUGGCAUGGGCUCCCAGUGGGUUGGCAUGGGCACGCAACUCAUGCGCAUACCGAUCUUCGCAGCGGCUGUUGAACGUUGCCAUCAAAUUUUGGCACCUAGAGGCGUCGAUAUUGUCAAUAUAAUAACGACAACAGAUGAAAAUAUUUUCAAUAACAUCCUGAAUUCGUUCCUGGGAAUUGCCGUGAUUCAAAUUGGACUGACUGAUAUAUUGCGGCAUUUGGGAAUAGUACCUGAUUAUAUUAUUGGUCACAGUGUGGGUGAACUCGGCUGUGGGUACGCCGAUGGUUGUCUGACAGAAGAAGAAAUGAUACUAGCAGCGUUCAGUCGCGGGAAGGUGUCGCUAGACACGCCGUUGAUUAAAGGAUCUAUGGCUGCCGUUGGUUUGGGCUACGAACAGAUACGCCCUCUGUGCCCUCCAGAGAUAGACGUAGCGUGCCAUAAUGGUCCAGAAUCAUGUACAAUCUCAGGACCGGCUGAUGCAAUGACCAAAUUUGUAGCUAAACUCACUGAAAAAGGGAUAUUUGCUAAAGAAGUUCCUUGUUCCGAGAUAGCUUAUCAUUCUCGUUAUAUCGCCGAAGCAGGACCAGGCCUGAAGAAGUAUUUGUUAGAAGUCAUCAAAAACCCAAAACCACGUAGUGAUAAGUGGGUGUCAACGUCGGUACCACAAAACAAAUGGAAUGAACCUGAAGCCAAAUAUUGUUCAGCAGAAUAUCAUACUAAUAAUUUAUUGAAUCCAGUCUUAUUCGAGGAAACGUCGCGUCUUAUACCAGCUGACGCAGUGUUGGUAGAAGUGGCACCUCACGGACUCCUGCAGCCGAUUCUUAAGCGCUCGCUGCCUUCGACCUGCCGACACGUGGCACUCACUAACCGAAGACAAAAGGAUAACGUGAUGGUCCUGUUAGAUGCUGUGGGACAACUGUAUAUGGAAGGAUUCUUGCCUAAUGUCCAAGCAUUGUAUCCGAAAGUAGAAUUCCCAGUAUCUCCAGGAACCCCAAUGCUAUCACAUUUGGUAGAGUGGAGCCACAUUGAAGAAUGGGAAUUGCCAUCCUAUUUAACGAAAGAUAGAAGACAUACAGCCGCUUGCGAAUAUAUGAUAUCUGUACAUGAUGAUGAAUAUAAGUACACACAAGGAAAUGUAAUAAGAGGAAAAGUACUGUAUCCCUCCGCUGCUUCGUUAGUAGCCGUUUGGGAUACUCUAGCGAUGACACUCGGCGUGGACAAGAAGUCACAGUCAGUCGAGUUGAGCGACGUCCAUUUGCACGCCGAGCCAGUGUUGCAUGACCAACAGUAUCUUGAGCUCAGAGUUGCGUUAAAUAGAGGCAAUGGGUGGUUUGAGAUUUCGAACAAAGUUUCUACAGUAGCUACUGGUUACAUCAAUCUAUAUGCCGGGAACAGUGCAACAGAAUCUGAUGAUAAAAAAUAUGAAGACUAUGAGCACAAGUCUGAAGAAAUAUACGAAGUGUUGAAAGCACGCGACUAUGCGUACAGCGGUGAGUUCCGUAGCAUUCACAACAUCGACACCUCACUCACUAAAGCUAAUGUGAAAUGGAACGAUAAUUGGGCGGCACACAUCGAUGGAAUGCUUCAACUCAAUGCUUUAAGAAGAACAUACGACGGCAUCUCACAACCAUCGUUUAUUAGAAAGCUGGUAAUCGAUGUAGACACGCAUAAAAAAAAGACAAUCAAUAUUGGCGAAUCAACAGUCAUUAAUGCUGAAAUAUCUGACGUACAUGAUUAUACUAGAUGUGGUGGCAUUAUAAUGCAUAAUUUAAGGUUCAGGGACUUACCCCGUGACAACGAGUACAAAUUUAAAUUGUUGGCACCCGCUCAAGAUGGAAAUAUGAAGGAGAUCGAUUAUCUUUCCAUGGAUACAAAUGAUGCGAACGCUUCUCACAUUACACUGCAAAGUGAAAUAAGAGGAGAUUUGAACUCUCUGCAAUGGGUGAAGACAUCCGAACCGACUGGACCAGGAGUAAAAGUUACAGUACAUUAUGCUGGUUUGAACAAUAGAGAUGUUAAGGAGGCCACGGGAACCUUGGCUCAACAAUUCAGUCAUAACUCCUAUGGUAUGGAUUUCAGCGGAGUAACUGAGAGUGGUACCCGCGUGAUGGGCGUGGUGUCCGGCGGCGCGUGCAGCAGCGAGGUGCGCGCGGCGCCAGAGCUGCUGUGGCCGGUGCCUGAACACUGGACGCUCGAGGACGCCGCCACUGUGCCACUGGCUUAUGCUCACGCUUUCUACUGUCUUUGCGUCAAGGCUGAUUCUCUGAUGAACAAGACAGUUCUUGUGCACGGUGGUACCGGGGCCCUAGGGCAGGCAGCCAUAGCUAUAGCAUUAGCGCAUGGAUGUGAAGUGUUUGCUACAGUCGGGGAUCUAAAAAAAGCACAUUUUCUACGGAAGCUGUAUCCUGCUCUCAAAGAGGAUCACAUAGGGAAUUCGAGAGACAGCAGCUUUGGAGAUAUGGUUUUAUAUGCUACUAAAGGGCGUGGUUGCGACAUUAUCAUAAGCUCCGUAGAUGCAGAACUAAAAGAUAUAUCACUCAAAUGUGCAGGGUUUAACGGUGUUACGUUCGAUACAGUACAGGUAUUGAAUCAAGAAUCAUACCAAUAUGGUAUGUUCCACAUGACUAAGCAGAGGUCGUACAUUGCACUCGACUUCUCGUCCAUAUUCGACACGCAAAAUUACGCUGAACGAAAGAUCUUGCAACAGUUGAUAUGUGAGGGAAUAGCGCGCGGGUACGUGCGUCCGCUGUCGCGCGUGUCGUACGCGCCGCACGCCGCGCCGCGCGCGCUGCGCCUGCUCGCCGCCAGCGCGCACCGCGGCCGAGUGCUGCUGCACCUGCGCGACACGCGCCUGCACGUGCUGCCCAGAAUCACAUGUUCUUCUCAUCACUGCAAUGUGAUUAUAUGCGAUGGCAGUGCUCUGAGUGUUCAUCUAGCGAAUCGUUUAAUUCAACGCGGUGCUAAGAAACUUUACAUCCACUUGCUUAAUGGAGCGACAUUCAGCAAAAUCACGUUACGAUCCUGGAAAGAUUUAGGAGCCCAUGUCGAAGUAUCUUCUGGAAAACUGAACGAUAAAGAAGCUGUGCUUAAAUUGCUAGCUCGAGCUAAUAAUUUGGGUCAUGUUGAAGGAAUAUUUGUAGUUGCGACAGACCGCAUCGAAGACAUUACGAAUAAGGAUCUAACAUCUCUUGCGAUCAAUAUUGAAGUAGCGUCGAAAUCAAUUUGUCCUGUGGUAAACCAUUGUGCCGUAUUGGCUGUUGGUCGCAACGAUCCGACGAUCGGUCUGUCUGCUGCGAAAUACUUACCGACAACAUUUUUAAGUCUGUCUGUACAAAAAACGGAUGACCAAGACACUCAGUUAGGAUCGUGGUGUCAAAGUGUAAUAGAUACUUUGGAAGAAGCUAUACAUGCAAAGCACAAUGUACUGAUCGCGCAACAACGUCAACCAAAGCAAACAACAUUAAAACAGGACUUGACUUCCAUAUUUGGUAAAAACAUUUUUGAAGAAAAUGCAGAUGAUAUGUCGAUAACAGAUAUGAGAUUGCAUGAAGCGGAAGUCAAAAAAUUAAGUAAAUAUCUACUUCAUAAGCAUAAUGCUUCAAUAUCAGAAAAGGAGUUACUGCGCCUAAAUAAACAAAAUAUUAAGGAACUGGUUAACAUAUUAGAAGAACGCUAUUAUGACGAAGUCGAUGGCAUUGGAAAAUUCUUCCCAAGAGUAGAAGAAGAUGAGCUUGCAGCUUCAGCAGAAACUAUGUUUUUGCCGACCCGGGCUAGACCAGUGGUGACAAAUUCUGAUGAUUUUGAAGGGUUCAACUCGUACGUGUGCAUAAUCCCCGGGCUGGAAGGUCUGGGUACAAAGUUCAAGAUCAUAUGCGAGCGAUUAAAGAUACCCGCGCUGGUGCUGCAGCCAGGACUCGACAGACCUUACGAAACUAUAUCAGACACAGCGGAAAGAUUUGCUAAGAUUCUUCUCGAAAAAAUUGGCGUGAAAAAUAAUUUUUACCUAAUUGGUUACGAGGCUGGAACUUUAAUAGCUUUCGAAAUGGCAGCUAUACUAGAAAAAUAUGGUUUUGAAGGUACAAUAUAUUGCGUUGGCUGUGCACCAUACCAGGUCAAAUCCGUUAUAGAAAAAGAAAUCAAAAAGUACGAAACAGAAAUAGAAUUUCAAGAUGCGGUCAUUCGCCACAUGUAUAGUUUGAUGACAGAUGCUAACAUUACAACUUUGGAUAAAGCAUUACGUGAGAAAUCGUCUUGGGACGAUAAAUUGAAAGCCUGCGUCAGAUUGCUCACUGGGCACAUAAAAUACUCAACCCAAUACGCUAGAGCUGUCAUAGAGUCGGCUUACGGUCGACUGGUUGAAGCAUUUUGCUACAAUUUUACCGCUCAACCGUUGAAGUCCCGAAUUAUUCUACUCCAAUCACCCAAUAUACCAUCCGAUUUUGAUGAUGAACUGUUGCAACUUGCAGCUGUCCACAAACUCCAAGCACCACUAUCGAGUGCCCCCAAUGACAUGCGCUGCUCUUCCAUAAUCAAUAAAUAUCUGUCACCUGAUAUCCUCGAAGAAUUUGAAAACAAAAAUUGGUGUGAAAUGUAUAUGGAGUAGAUGUUGGUCGUGACUUGGUUCCCGUGAAUUACAUAAACGAUAUAUUUGUAGACAGUUUUGUGUACUCGUAUCUCGAUAUCUUUAUGUUCUAAAUAAAUUGGGAAGGGAUUAAAUUCA